GGAGGGACUGGCUGCUCACCAAACACCGGUACAUGGUAACACUGUGCCCUUGGGCCACCUGUCGUUCCUUCAGCCUUCUGGGAUGAAGACUGCUGCCAGGCUCACCACUGCUGAUGGGGGGAUGGCAACUGACGCUUUGUUGGGUGCUUACUCUCUAGGCCUGAACACAGUACCUUUUCACAACUCUGCAAGCAGGUACUUGUGUUAGUCAAGUGAGAUAGAUGGGGAAACUGAGGUGUGGAGAGGUAACCAACCUGCCUGAGGUCACAGAGUGGGCAGUGCCUCUUGCCUGCACCCGGUAAUGCCCCAGGGAUGGGUCCAGCAGAACCUCAGCCGGCCAGCCAGGCCAGAGAGCAGGGUCUGCGCUUACCGCCCUUGCCUGGUCCGCCUGCGCUGAGACGCGGAAGUGACCUCUCACCGAGACCACACUGCCUAUGCUCUGACUGAGGGUGCUGUCAGCCGCUGACCCCACAGGUGAGCUCUCCAUGCAGAGUGUGUGUUCCGGAUGUCACAGCUGUGCGUUAUGUUUGCAGGGACCUCUACCCAACACAUGUGGGCACUUCUGGGAGAUGGUGUGGGAGCAGAAGAGCAGGGGCGUCGUCAUGCUCAACAGAGUGAUGGAGAAAGGCUCGUUAAAAUGUGCGCAGUACUGGCCACAGAAAGAAGAAAGAGAAAUGGUCUUUGACGACACGAACUUGAAAUUGACAUUGAUCUCCGAAGACAUCAAGUCAUACUACACAGUACGACAGCUGGAGCUGGAGAACCUUGUGACUCAAGAAACCCGAGAGAUCUUGCAUUUCCACUAUACCACGUGGCCUGACUUUGGAGUCCCCGAGUCACCGGCCUCAUUCCUGAACUUUCUUUUCAAAGUUCGCGAGUCAGGGUCGCUCAGCCUGGAGCAUGGCCCCGUCGUGGUGCACUGCAGUGCUGGCAUCGGCAGGUCAGGGACCUUCUGUCUGGCUGACACCUGUCUCUUACUGAUGGACAAAAGGAAAGACCCUUCUUCUGUUGAUAUCAAGAAAGUGCUGUUAGAAAUGAGGAAAUUCCGGAUGGGACUGAUCCAAACAGCAGACCAGCUGCGUUUCUCAUACCUAGCUGUGAUCGAAGGUGCCAAAUUCAUCAUGGGAGACUCUUCUGUGCAGGACCAGUGGAAGGAGCUCUCCCACGAGGACCUGGAUCCCCCACCUGAGCACGUGCCACCCCCGCCCCGGCCGCCCAAGCGAGUCCUGGAGCCACACAACGGAAGGUGCAAGGAGUUCUUCCGCAACCACCAGUGGGUGAGGGAGGACCCCCAGGACGACACUGACGGCCCCAUUCGGGAAGAAGCCAGAAGCCCCCUACACGUACCCUGCAGCCUGGAAAGCAUGAGUCAAGACACUGAAGUUAGAAGUCGGGUCCUGGGGGAACGUCUGCGAGGUGCCCCGGCUGCCGUCCCCGCCAAGGGGGAGCCAUCGCCGCCCAAGGAGAAGGACGAGCACUCGCUGACUCCCUGGAAGCCCUUCCUGCUCAACAUGUGCAUGGUCACGGUCCUCACGGCCGGCGCGUACCUCUGCUACAGGGUAUGUUUCCACUGACGGACGUGCUGGCCGCGAGCCCAGUGUUAGGAUUCGGCUCUGUGGAGUAUCUGAGCCAGUCUCAGAAGAAGCAGAUGGAAGGUUUGAAAGUCUGGAACUGUGGAAGGGCUGACAAGAGAAUUAAGGAUUGAUGCACUGGGGUUUUAAGGAGCCCUGUGGUCCCAAGAAUAUAAGAGUCUAAUCUCAGGGCCUUCACCUAUUCAGGAGUAAGUAGAGAAAAUGCCAAAUACGUCUCUCUCUUUCUCUCUGUCUCUCUGUCUUUUUUUGUUGUUGUCUAUUUGUUUUUGAAAGAAAAUAGACCCACAACAUUGUUGUUUCUAACCUUUAUAAAAAGCAGCUUUUUGUUGUUUCUGGAA